AUGUGGUGGCCGAGUUACCUCCUCCUCGCCUCCGUGCUGCAUAUCGCCGCCUGCGUCAAAGUCAAGGUGGUCAUGCAUUCAGACUCCCAAGACGAUUCACGGGUGGACGAGGAAUACGUCACAACAGACAGCUGGGAGAAGAGACACACCACUAUGAUUGUUCCCUACGUGAAGAAACACUCGAAACACAACAGACGGGAGAAAGAGUAUGAGGACCGAAGGGAAGUGAAAUCUACCACGGAUAAAGCGGUCACCCCUCUGCAUCCGAACGCUGUGCUCUUCUCGUUGAUCUACAAGCAGAUCAACAUAAACAGCAUGUUCAUGUUCGAACAGACUUGGUAUACUUGGUCGACGGAGAGCCGCAAUGAUGGCACGAAGAACGUCAUUUACUACAUCUGUUAUAAAGAGCCCAAGCAUUGCGACGAAAUUGGUUGGGAACGCACGGACUCGCUGCCCCGCUGCGCGUUCGAGAUCGACUCCCUGCUGCCGGACGACCGAGCCUGCAUCAACCCGUUCGGCGUGGAGCCGCACAACAACGUUGGCUGCGACGGCGGCGAACAAAUCAAGGUGAAAGACAUCGUUCGAGCGUGCGGGCCGCGGAUCCGGUCGCUGUGGCGUUUUGUGCGCGUCGGCGCGCGACCCACCGGCGUGCCCAAGCCCGCCGACGUCAACUCGCUAGUAUGCGAGGACGAGGACGAAUGCAUCGUCAACGUUGAGUACAGGAUUCACCACGAUCGAAUCACGUUCGCGCUAUACGAGCCAAGUCGAGGGCAGACGUUUAAGAGCGCUCUAAAACGAGACCUCCCGGACUUCGAGGGUAAACUGACCACGGCAGCGCCCUCCCACCACCAUCACCAUCAAACCAAGAAAGUAGAAGAACACAAACCGACGCACCCGAGAUCCAAGUACCACAUCAAGACCCGGGCGAAAGCAGAAGGCAAAGGUGUUGAGAAAGAGAAAAAUGACUCGGGAUACGUAAACAGGCGAACGACCAAGAACAAGAUAAAGGUUAGAGAAGAGGAGUCGGAAGAUAUAUCGGAUAAUUGAAUGUGGGUACAGUAAGUUAAUUGUUCUUUUGUAAGACUCUAAAUACUUGGUACCUUGUGGACUUUUAGUGUUGUAUGUUAUUAAAUUAAAUACAUUGUAGGAGUACGUUUAUUAAUAAAUGAUAGACAAAACUAUAA